AUGACCAUAGAAACAGUUGACUCACAGCAGGAUAGAAAUAUAGCAGAUUGUGCAACAGACAGCAGACCUGCUCAUUUGCAGACUUGGACUGGCCAAAAUCAGGUCCUUACUUCAGCUCAGGUAUAACAAUUACAGAGACAGAUGUGUCUGCAGAAUCAGAAGAUUGAAGAAGAGAAGUCAUUACGAUGUUAUGAAGGACAUCAUUGCUGUGGAAGUACCAGCUAG